GUCAACCGUUGUUGGCUCAACUCACAUUCCUUUCCUAUUCCAUUCCAUUCCUUUACUCUACACAUCACACAACAAAUAAAUUCUUGAAAAUAUUCCCCUGUAGAAAACGCUAACUUUUCGAUACCUGAAAUAUCUUCACGAAAUUUGCUGCAAAUGGCCAAUGAGACAGAACAACUAGUAUUCCAUAUGGAACUGGAAAAUAAUGGAGGUGGCGAGUUCGAGUCGGGAUAUAGCCUGAAUGGCAAACCCAUUCUGCCACCUAUGAUGACUGACUGGAAAAGACUGGAAAUUAUGCGCCUGCGUUUGUGCGCUCUUACCAAGGAAGCAAUCCUCAAGAGAAACCAGUUGACCAAUCGUGAACUUAAGAAUGCAUCUACCAACACCAAAAUAUUCCACGGAGUCGGACCUUUGGUGGUGAUGGGUCGCCUACGUCAAAAACUGGAGCAAUCUGAGACCAUUAUCUAUGAUCACACCGCCAAUUUGGUCAUGCAGAUCUCUGCACCCUUGAAUACGCCAAUUCUGAUGACUUCUAAGCUGGUGAUCGAGGAUGCUUCUCCAGCUAAGCCCCAACGAGCUGUUCUCCAGGUAACACCCAUUCAAAUGGGUGCGUCUGUGAGUGCUUGGGUAACCAAACCAGACCCACCGAGGCCUGAGAACUCCCAGCCCAAAGAAAAGACCUUGGAGCCCCCGAAGCGAUGCAACACCAGUCCUGAUCUCUUCAAGCUGCACCACCAAAGAAAUCCGGAUCAUAUUCCCAUGCCGCAGCUUACCUUGGCCAUCAAAAGUGAUCCAGAGAUUGGAAAACCUACUAAGACAUCGCUAGCCAGGAAUCCCAGCCGGAUUCCCAAGCCGAUUGCUAGCCAGGUGAGCAGGAUUCCCAAGAUCCCCAAUACCCAGACUGCCAACCAAACGCGACGCAACUGUGAGGCCAAAGUAGCCACAAAACGUACAAAUCAGGCUAAGAACCCAGUUUCUCCUGCCAAACCGAACGCUCCAUCCAAAACCGCCCAUUUGAAUGAGCCGAAAAGCAUCAGGACACCAGUGCCAGCUCACAAAAGACCAGGAUAUGUGGAGAACGAGCUGCAGCUGCAGAAGAACCUGUUCCAGUCCUUGGUCCUUCGACAGGCCGAGGAGAACCAGCGUCUGCAGGCCAAAAUGCAGGAACAGCACCAGGGUCUCAUCAACUCGAUGAUCGAUGAACUCAACCACGCCGUAGAGAUCUCCAAUCCCAUCUACCCCUCGGACAGGGCCUUGGAGCGGGACACCUCCAGCGAUCCCAGCCAGAACUAACUAACCAAAGUCGGAGAUCUCCGGUGGCUAACAUUUCGCAUGAUACAAUGUCAAAAUUCUUUACGUUCACCCGGGAACGAACUGAGGAGAAACUACUGAGGAACAGAAACAGACUGGGAGAACAUAUCACACUAUCCUCCGUCGAGAAUUUUCAAUUUUCCUUGCUCGUUUAUUGAAAUUGAAAAUUCUUGAUUGGAGCAUUUCAAACUGAAAGCAGAAGGAAAUGCCAGUUCGGGCAGGAAAUGCGUAUGUUUUUUCGUUGGGAUGUGUCUAAUUGAGCGGUAUUAUAGAAUUCUGUAUAUAUCAAGUAGAUUAUUGAUUGUCCCCCC